AUGCCUCGUACGCAAUUGUAUCCGAGAGAAGCGGUUAUCGAUUGCGAAUUGAUUAUGCUCUUGGCUUAAGGGUGUUCUUCGGUGUUUGGCGACAGAACGCCAGUGCGGUGACAGUGAAACUGGUCGUUCAUUAACAUUCAUCAUGUCAUUGGCAUUCGCAAUCAGUAUACUGACUUUCUUGACUGUCACGGCUUGCUCAGCUGAAUAUAUGGAUCACCGCGGACGAGAGUUUCUACUGGGAUUUCCGCUCUGGCCCAACGUGUCUCAAGGUGGCUCAAUUAAACUGCAUGUGCGAGGACCGAAAUUCACAAAUAUUACCACGGAAAUUCUUGGAUCUGGGGAGAUUUACAACUAUACCGUUGGGUUUUCAGAAACUCUCACAAUCAACCUGUCAACAAAUGUUGAGUACAAUGGCACAGAAACACCCAAUAAUAAUAGUGUCCGAGUUCUGAGCACUGAUGAGGUAUAUGUGUAUGUCAUACGAGGGGUUUCCGGAGGUUAUUUCGCAGUUCCAAAACUUAACUGGACCAAAGAAUUCUACAUCGUGUCCUACCCUCCAUCAGAUGGUGGAUACUCCUACUUUGCUAUCAUAGGAUAUGAAGACGCUAACGUGGAGAUUACAUUUAGGAAGGACGUAAACUUUGGGUCCAUCUUAAUAUCUCCACACGUACCAAUACGCGUAAGAAUCUUGCCGAUGCAAAUCUGGAGUAUAUACUCCUCCCAGGAUUUGACAGGAACGUACAUUAAAAGCCAGAAGCCAAUAUCUGUUCUCGCUGGUACAACUUUUCCAGGAGCUCCACAUGGGGGCAAAUUUGUUGAAGAGAUGCUACUACCUAUAGCCUUCUUUGGGAGCAACUAUAUUAUUCCCACAAUUUCUGGGGAUGAUGCAGUCCUGAGAAUUGUCGCAUCAGAAAAUAACACGGUGAUAUACGCCGAGGGUGAUCUGUACUCUUAUAUGGGAGCUGGUGACUACGUGGAUAUAGUCACAGACGACGAGGAUGUGCACUGCCUUAAAAGCACACGUCCCAUCCAGGUAGUGUUGAUAGGAAAGCGAGCAAAUGUGAGCUCUUACAGUGUGGAUGGCUUCUUAGGAGACCCGAUCAUGGCAGUCGUACCUGCUGUUGAACGCUUUCAGAAUCAUGACAAAAUUGAUGUAUUUACUGAAGCUGGCGAUGGACUCAUUAGACAACUGCUGUUUUUCUUUCAAAAUGACAGUGACAUCGAGAUUGGAGGAACUGCCGAGUCUUUCUUUGAAUAUUCCGAUUGCUGUAACCAUGUAAUAUCGUACUUGGUGGAUAGUCAACAAACAGUGUUGCCCAUGCCACAGGGCUUCUCUGUCGGGGUCAUGCAGCUGGCGACUUCCGGCAGCAAGGGAUAUGGUCUGACGAUGGGGGUCUCCUUGGACCCUUCAUUUUGUCCGACGAAGUAUGGAUUCACGUACCUCAACACAUCAGGCCUAUGUGUGAAGGCGUAUACGACACCCACCACGUGGACUGAGGCCCGUGCGUUAUGUCGGGAAGACAGGUUACGUCUCGUUACGCUUGACACACAGGCCAAGAUCAACGGUAUCAAGCACUUUCUGAAGGACCAGCUUAACAAUCACACGUUUUCUAUUGGGCUGCACACAUUCUCGGUGUUGUUUGAUUUGAGCAUGUACAACUGGAUCGACGGGGGAUCUCUUGGAAAUGCUCUGGACUGGCUGCCGCAACAACCGGACAACAUCAGCUCGUGUGUCCAGUUGGCCUCGAGGAACAGUAAAGUCGGGUGGCAGUCCACACAUUGCGACGCUACAUCCGGCUACAUCUGCGAGGUGGUGCUAGCGCAGAAACAAGACGUUCAGCUGUUUUCUGGAGAAUGCCAAUACUCCCACCCAGGAUGUCCUACGGCUGACGGUUACACCUACAUCUACGAGGCCGAGCUCUGUGUCAAGCACCACCUUCAGCCACAGUCGUGGGUCAACGCUGCUGUCGCAUGUCGUGCUGAUGGAGGCCGUCUCGUCACCGUGGACAGUGACACGAAACAAUAUUAUCUGCACAGAGUAUAUCGGCAUAUCUCACCAAACUACUAUAUAGGCAGCUCCUGGCGUAACUUGACCACUGGGCAGUGGGUGUGGACUAACUGCUCCUCACUGACCUACAACAACUGGGACUUGGGACAACCCCAGGACAAGAACGGACAUUGUGCUGUGACCAAUCCCAGUGGUUCUUGGUACAAUGUCCAGUGUAACGAAGUGAUGCCAUAUAUAUGUGAAAGAUCUCUGACAACGUAUGCGGGGAAGGACAUUGGUGGUCAAGCCGAUAGGACAUGCGAAGAAAUGUCAUCACUUUUGCCUUCGAUGCUGUCGUCGUCAUCAUUGGUGCUGCCUCCAUCAUCCUGGUCAGUACUUACCUCUGAAUAUUCUCCAUCCACCUCAACUCCUCCUUCAAUGCACACAGAUCACAGUAAUGUCGUCCCAACUGAGACAGGAGGGUCAGUGCAAUCUGAAAGUGACUUGAUUUCAUCAGCGGGGUUAUCUAUCGAUGACACACAAUCGUCAGUAUCUUCAGCCGACAGCCCUCUAGUCAGCACUGAUACAGCAGGGACAUCGUCAUUGACAACUCUAACCGAUAUGUCAACAAGCACCAACUCAGUUUUAACCCCCAGUCUCAACAGCUCCUCUGAAGUUUCGGAAACAUUAGUGCAGUCAUCGAUGUACGAUAGUGGACAUGACAUCAUGCCCUCUACCACAUUCUCAUCCCCACAGUCCCAAGAAACCACUGUAUCUCAUAGAAGUACAGGAUCCAAAGACAGCAUAGGGCUCAGUGAUAGCCCAGACUCCAGUUUCAGUCCAGAUUCCUCUACAUUACAACCAACGAUAUCAGGAACGGAUACAAAUCCAGAGUCGAGCAGCAUAAUCCCAAUGACUACUCAAGCAGAUACUUCAUCGGUUACUGGUCCCACUAAUGAAACCGAUAACAUGGAAACUCAAAGCGAACGUAAUACGUCUUCUUCUCCUGGAGCAUCUUCAAAUUAUACAGAAAGAAUCAUGUACACCACAACGAUUAUCCCCGAUUCAAACCCUGAGAGAGGUGUCUUUGAGAUCUGCAGGUGCUCCUGUAUUCCUGAGAACCGACUCAAUGACCUCGCGGUUGAAUCAGUCGACGAAAAGACAAGGGAAAUUAAGGACAAACUGCUUCUUGACAGAAGAAACUUGACGAAGACCAUCAUAAAAUACAUCAGUUCUCCAGAUGAGCGGAAGUCCUCCACCAGCAUCGGCGCCUCAGGUCUGGUGUUGAUUGUAUUCAUUGUGGUGCUCCUACUAUCAUCCGAUCUUCUCACCUUCUUUCAGAACAGAAGAUAUCAACGAAAAACAUUCCAAGAAUAGACAGAAACCAUAUUUUUUAAAACAUCAUCCUUUUUGAAAUUACAAAGAAUUAAUAUAAAUGGUGUAAAAAUGUGACCCAGAAAA